GCGAACUCGGCGCAAGAACUUUCAACGAAUAUUAUAACCUAUUUUUAUUCUUGUCUGUCUUGAAGCAUCUUGCUACUCUCUCUCUCUCUCUCUCUCUCCGCUGUGGCAGUGAUUCAAUGAUCAUGGCUUCCAAGCUCUUUCGACGCGUCCUCAGCAACCGGUCGAGCCAGAUCCUCUUCUCCGCCAUAACCCCACAUGCUAAUCCACCGUUUAUGUCCAGGGCCUUCUCGUCCGUGCCCACGCCGAUCCGAGCUACUCUCUUCCCUGGCGAUGGUAUCGGCCCGGAGAUCGCCGAAUCUGUCAAACAAGUAUUUAAAGCAGCUGAUGUUCCUAUUGAAUGGGAAGAACACUAUGUUGGGGACCAGAUAGAUCCUAGAACCCAAAGUUUUCUAACAUGGGAAAGUUUAGAAUCUGUUCGGCAAAAUAGGGUAGGCUUGAAAGGGCCGAUGGCCACUCCAAUUGGAAAGGGUCAUCGUUCUUUGAAUCUUACUCUAAGGAAAGAACUUAAUUUAUAUGCCAAUGUUCGGCCUUGCUACAGUCUCCCUGGCUAUAAAACACGAUAUGAUGAUGUAAAUCUUAUCACUAUCCGUGAAAACACAGAAGGGGAGUACAGUGGACUUGAACAUCAAGUUGUCAGAGGUGUGGUUGAAAGCCUCAAGAUCAUUACUCGACAGGCCAGUUUGAGGGUGGCUGAAUACGCCUUUUACUAUGCAAAGACCCAUGGAAGAGAGAGAGUGUCAGCAAUACACAAAGCCAACAUUAUGCAGAAAACUGAUGGUCUGUUUCUAAAGUGUUGCCGUGAGGUUGCAGAGAAGUACCCUGAAAUUAAAUAUGAGGAAGUUGUCAUUGACAAUUGCUGUAUGAUGCUUGUGAAGAAUCCAGCACUUUUUGAUGUAUUGGUGAUGCCUAACCUAUAUGGAGACAUUAUCAGUGACCUUUGUGCUGGGUUGAUUGGGGGUUUGGGCUUGACACCAAGCCUCAAUAUUGGUGAGGGAGGCAUUGCCCUUGCUGAAGCUGUUCAUGGUUCAGCACCUGAUAUUGCUGGAAAGAAUUUGGCGAAUCCAACUGCUUUGCUGCUGAGUGCCGUCACAAUGCUGCACCAUCUGGACCUCCAUGACAAAGCUGAUCAGAUUCACAAUGCCAUCCUUAACACAAUUGCAGAGGGCAAGUACCGAACUGCUGACCUUGGUGGCCAUUCAUCUACAACUGAUUUUACAAAGGCAAUUUGUGAUCAUCUUUGAAGAAUGUUUCAAUAUAGGAUUUGAGUUUUGCAUUGAGUUGAAGGCUAUUCUAUGUCGUGAUGUUUUUAAUGGAGCCAUAUUCAAAACCUUACUAGAUCUUUUCCAGAGAGAAUAAAGACCAUAUCAGCUUGAUGCUUUGAAGUUAAUCUGGCCGACAAGAAAUUACAGAUAUAUAGCAUUUAGAGGGGCGUUGAUGGACAGAAUAUGAUCUGGUUCCAGUAUAAAUCAUCAUGACUGUUAUUUUGCAGAAUAGGCAUAUAGACUUAUGCUGUUCUCCCUGUGGUUUUGGUAUUCUUUGUGAAUACAAGAAAUAAAAGCAUCUUGGUGUGGUGUCAACCUCUCUCUAUUCCCUGCCUCUUGGAUAGGCUUCUUCUGAUGUAUGAUGCAUUCACAGUGGUAGUUUUUGUGUUCUUUUUUCCUAAGCAUCAACAGUGGUAUUUAAUUUCACUAACAGCUGCUAUUAAUUUAAAAGUAUCUUUGCAAUGUUCUGGUUU